AUGAGGCAAAAGGCCUCGGAAGGAGAUUUCGCCGAUGAAUCCGAUUCUGAUCGUGAAGAAAGGGAGGAGAAAGCUAACCACCUCAGAGAACAAGGAAACUUUGCAGUAAAAAAUAAAAAAUUUGAAGAGGCAUUAAGGCUCUAUUCCAACGCCAUUGAUUUGACGGCUAACGACCACCGACUCUUCGCCAACCGCGCGUUUUGCUAUUUGAAACUCGGCAAGCCACAGCAAUCCCUAGACGACUGUGAAAAAUGCCUUUUGUUAAACCCGGGUUACACUAAAGCACUUUCACGCAAGGCUUGGGCUCUCGAAGAUCUUGUUAAAGGAGGAUCGUCUCACCUGAUGGGACAAAAAAGAGCAGCAGUGGCUGUAGCACUCCAUUUUGACUCCGAUCUUCGCCAAGACAAGAAAUUUCGUAAAAUGUUUCCAGAGGUAGAUACUCAUUCGAGUAAAGAAAUAAGUAAUUCUGCACAUUUGGCUUUUGCUCUGAUGACAACACAAGGAAGUGAAACUCUGUUACUGCAUGAUGGUGAGUACAAUUUACCUCAGUUCGUUGCCUUGAAAGACCUGCAGAUCGUCGGCCUUGGACAGAAAGUCGUUUUCAACUGCAAAGAGAUGUUUACAAUUUCCAACGCCAGGUGCUAUUUUGAGAAAAUUCGUUUUGCAAAAGGAAGCGUUGGCCUUCUUUGUCAAUUCAACACUACUAUUCACUUGAAACAUUGCGAAGUUUCCGGAGGAUUCUCUAGUUGUGAAGACUAUCCAGAAUGUAAUGGCGGGCCAGGGUGUGUAGCGGCCUCUUUAGGUAAACCUGCUUGCCAACGCACUGGUAAGUUUGGAGAUUCAGAAACAAAAUCCGGUGUCGGCGGUUUUCCUGGAGUGUCCAUUGCAUUUCAGAGCUCCGCGCUUAUUGAAGACUGUGCAAUUCAUGACUGUGGUGGUGGUGGCGCCCUGGUUAAUUUAGAUUCCCGGAUGGAGGUUAGAAAGUGUGAGAUAUACAAAAACCACCAGGCUGGUUUAGAAGCAAGACAAGGCGGAAAACUUGUAGCAUACGAAAACAGAAUAUACGGUAGCAAUUUUCAUGGCAUUCUUAUCGGGAUGAAUGCAGGAGAAUGUGACAUCAGGAGAAAUAAGAUAUUCGAAAAUGCAAGAGAAGGCAUUCUUGCACAGAGCAACGAGAAAACGAUAAAAAUACAUGAAAAUGAUAUUCAUCACAAUGGGCCCUUCGGUCUUUCUCUAGAUGACAAUUCUCAUCUUGAAAUAAGUAACAACAAAAUAUUCGAUAACGGCUUCUGGGGAAUCCUUGCCAAAUCGAGAACUUCAGCCAACAUAACAGAAAAUGUUGUCUUUGCCAACAAAUGUGGAGGUAUUUUGAUUGGUGUAAAUUAUUCUGGACGUAUUUACUUAAAAUCCAACAUCGUUCGAGACCAUAGCGGUCCGUGGCUAGAGUAUCAAAAGUUUCCCAAAGAGGUUUCCCUUGACGAUCUCGAGUCAGCGUUUUCUCAUCUUCCACAUGGAGAGAGGCAGGCGUACUCUAAGCCACCCAUCCUCAGCCGUAACAAAGAAUUUAAUAACGAGGAGGGCAUGUAUUACCCUAAAGAAGUGAUUGAGCGGUUUAACACCGGUUGUACGUUUUGUCAUCUCACAAAAGGAGUGGUACCUCGCCUUAGGAAGUGUGCGACUUGUCAUAUUGCAUCUUAUUGCAGUAAAGAAUGCCAACGAAAGCACUGGCCCAUACAUAAGACUUUAUGUAUCACUCUGAAAAGUCGAUAUUCCGUAACGGUGAAAGUGUCUCCCUUUUUUCCCAUGGAUGAAAACGUAAUCCAGUUUCGGCAAUUUGGUACUCAUUUAGAAGGCAUUGGAACAGGCCCUAAACCAAACCGUAACAGUCGCCAAAAGUUCAUCGUAAAGAUUCAAACG